AUGUGUAACAAUCUGCGCAACAAAAGGAAACGAAUAUCGGGACCGUUGACUGUGGACGAACUCGAUAAUGCUAACUUGUACUGGAUCAAAUCGGGCCAGAGCGAUCGCUUCCAAGACGAAAUAGAAGCGUUGAGAAAGGGUAGUCCGAUUCCACGAGAUAGUCGUAUUGCAAGUCCCGAUCCCCAACUCGUGGCCGGUGUUUUACGGGUAAGCGGCAGAAUCGAAAAGGCAGAAAUUCCGUGGGAGUCGAAGCACCCACUUAUAUUGGGCCACGGACAUGAUGUCACGCGGUUGAUCGUGAUUCACUACCACCAAAAUCUUAUCCACGCUGGAGUCAAACAUGUCUUUAAUCACGUACGUGAGAAAUACUGGAUUUUGCACGGUUGAGCCGAAGUUAGAACUGUACAGUCAAGUGCCUACUAUGGUUUUGCCAUCGUGUUAAUGGCUAAUUUACCGAAUGUACAUCUCGCAGGCGCAAGUGUUCCUUUUCGACACGUUCGGAUUGAUUAUGCCGGACCGUUUGAGAUACGAAUUGGACGCAAGCGAAAGGAAAAACGCUACAUUUGCUUAUUUCGUGUCACACAUAGUUUGGACACUGACUCGUGUAUAAUGGGAUUGCGACGAUUUAAAGCGCGUAAAGGAAUCUAUGUUUGUAUAAUGAGUGAUAAUGGGACAAAUUUCAUAGGUGCCGAAAUAGAGUUGCGCAAGGCGUUGGAAGAUCUGGAUCAAGAGAAAAUCUCAAAUAAGUUAACAGCACGUGGAGUACGUUAGAUCUUUAACCCGCCUGCUGCCCCAUGGUUUGGAGGUGCCUGGAAAACGUUAGUAAAGACUGUCAAACGGGCAUUGUAAGUUAUGCUUGGGAAUGUCCUUACAGUCGAUGAAGUUUUCCUUAUUGUCAUUGCCGAGGUAGAAGCGAUGCUGAACUCUCGUCCACUUGUCUAUGGUGGAAGCAGUGAUUACCAACAGAUCUCAGCGUGAUUACACCAAAUCACUUCUUGCAUGGUCGUGCGAGUUCAAACGUGUCGCCAGGGGAGUUUAACCAACGAGAUAUGUCGUUACGUCGGAGAUGCCGUCAUAGCGAUGCGAUUCCCAUGAAAAACAAAUUAAUGCUAAUGACCGGGAUGACUUUCAAUAACCGAAUCGAGAUACCCAAGCAAUCCCGCAUAAAAAUCAAUUCUCUUCUCUUGCUGUCGAGGAGACAAGUGAAAGCGUAUCUGCUUCAACGACAAACUUCGAAAAUCAAUCUACAAGGAAGCGUGUUAAAUUAAAGAAGAAAUUGUUCUUAUUGGUGAUUCAAUAGUGAAACACAUCGACCCUCGAAAACUUACAAAAAAAAAAGUUUAUAAAUUUACAUACCCAGGGAAAACUGCCGAAGAAAUUGAAAAGGAACUUAACAUUAUUAAUAUUCAAUCAUCUCCCUCCCACGUAAUUAUUCACGCUGGGACAAACAACAUUCCGAUAGACUCAACCAAAGCAUGUUCGAAGAAAUUAGAAAGGCUUGUUAUCAAAACCAAAGCAAAAUUCCCUAAUUCAAAAGUUGGUUUAUCUGGAAUCACGUUUAGACAGGAUAUAGAACAAGCAACUAAAAUACAGGAAGUCAACAACAAACUCGAAGAAAUGGCUGCAAAGCACGAUGUUAUGUUCAUUGAUAACUCUUCCAUUGAUCACACAUGUUUAAAUGGGAGCAAUCCACAUCUUAACGGCAAAGGUUCGGCAGUCCUGGCCUCACAUUUUAUUACCUUUCUGAGAGGUAAUAGUGUAGUUCAAGACUCGUGGGGAACUCUCGCAAAAUUCAACGAUAAAUUCACGGUGUGA